UGGCCUCUUAAAAUAUUUCCUUGAGGGGAGCUUUUAAAAUACAAGCAAUGGUAUUGGUGGCGCACUAAUCACACUGAGAUUUAGCCCUCUUGAUUUGACAUAAUGCAGGCACAAUUCAAUGUCCUUUUAGAGCAGAAUAAUCAUGGUGCCUUUCCUGCUUCUGGAGAAAUGCAAAUAUUAGUAGAGACUUGGAAAUGGUUUGCUACUUGAUUGUAUAAAAUGAUAUCCAAUUCACCAUUUGGAAUUUAAGAUAAAGGCAUAGCCAUGAUGAAUCAUCAUCGCUUGUCCAAAAAUGGAUGGCCUACUUGUAUACUUUCCCAUCCAUUUACUCCGAAUACAUAAUUUAUUCAAGCCACUACUAAUUACUUUAAUUAUUGUUGUUAUUAAACAAUGCAUAACCCCAAAGCAGCCCAUCCCUCAUUAGAGAUCUUCCUCAGUUCUCACCAUCAUUUCCUUAAAAUACCAAGAAAAGAACCACGUGAAACACAAGGAUUUAUUAAUACUCCCAAGAGAAUAUUUCAGCUGGCCAAUGUGAACAAUUUUCUAUUAGGACACUACUGAAGGGUGCAGACUUAAAAGAUUUUUUCUUAAAAAAUAACUGGAGAGCAGAUUUGCUUGCUUUACCUGGCCAGAUCCAUAUAAAGGGACAGUGCAACGCAGGUCCAUCAGGGAAGAAGGGAGUUUACAUUGUGUACAUGGGAGCCUCACAUGGUUACCCAAGAGAUAAUCAUGCUCAGCUUCUGACUUCCCUCCUCACAAGGAAGAAGAACCCCGUGGUGCGUUCCUACGGCAAUGGCUUUGCAGGGUUCGCAGCCCAUUUAUCGGAAAAAGAAGCAAAAGCCAUAGCUGGGGGGCCUGGAGUGGUGUCUGUAUUUCCAGACAAAGAUUUGCAGCUCCACACGACGCGUUCUUGGGAAUUCUUGAAGUACCAAUCUGGUCAUUCCACUGCUACGACAUGUCCGGCUGGAGCUGACACAGUCAUCGGCUUCUUGGAUACAGGAAUUUGGCCUGAAUCUAAGAGUUUCAGUGAUGUGGAUUUGGGGCCAAUCCCAGCUAAAUGGAGAGGAAAAUGUAUGCAGGGAAGAAAUUUCACUUCCUCAUCCUGCAACAGGAAAUUGAUUGGAGCAAGAUACUAUGAUAGCUCCGAUGGGAGUUACACAAUGGGAACGCCCCGGGAUGAGGAUGGCCACGGCACACAUAUAGCAGCCACAGCAGCCGGGAUGCCGGUUUCCGGGGCUAACUACUAUGGCCUGGCAAAAGGUGUUGCAAAAGGGGGAUCCCCAUCUUCAAGAAUUGCCAUGUACCGUGUCUGUAGACCCAACGGUGGCUGCCCCGCGUCUGCUAUUCUGCAAGCUUUCGAUGAUGCAAUUGGCGAUGGUGUCGAUGUGCUGGCUGUUCCCUUGGGUGCAGCAGGAGAGCAGAGUUUUAGCAGCGAUCCAGUCGCCAUAGGAGCUCUCCACGCUGCGGAAAAGGGGAUUGUUGUGGUGUCCUCUGCCGGAAACUUUGGCCCUUCUGCUUUUACAGUUCAGAACUUUGCUCCUUGGAUCUUCACCGCGGCUGCCACCACCACGGAUCGUCGUUUUGAGACUAGCAUCAUUUUAGGGGACAACAAAGUGGUUAAGGGUGGAGGCAUAAACUUUUCGAGUUUGAACAAGUCUCCGAUAUAUCACUUAAUCGAUGGAACCUCCAUCGCAAAAUCCAACUCGUCCCAACGUGCCGUGGAGGAUGCUGGAGACUGCAACCCGGGUUCGCUAGAUGAUUCCAAAGUAAGAGGCAAAAUUGUUGUCUGUAGAAACGUUCUUAGCGAUUAUCAGCCGAAAGACAAAUAUGAUGAAUUGAAGAAGCAAGGAGCCGUGGGGAUGAUUACCAUCGACGACCAAGAAAAAUACAUCCCAUCAAAAUUUGGAACUUCUCCGGUUACCGGUGUCUCUUUAGAAGAUGGAGACAAACUUCUAUCCUACAUCAAAUCAAACAGAAAUCCACAGGCAACCAUUCUGCCAACUGCCACCAUUUUUCAUUACAAGCCGGCUCCGGAGGUCGGCUACUUUUCUUCGAGAGGGCCUGGUUUCGGCAUUAGUGAACUUCUCAAGCCGGAUAUUGCUGCGCCGGGAGAAGCCAUACUCGCAGCAUGGCCGUCCAACGACAGGGCUGAGGCUGUUUUCGGCCAGAAACCGCCUCAUUUCGACAUGUUAACCGGAACAUCCAUGGCCUGUGCACAUGUAGCAGGCCUGGCUGCUGUAGUCAAGUCUCACCAUCCCAAUUGGAGUCCCUCUGCAAUCAAAUCAGCCAUUAUGACAUCAGCGACUCAGACGAACAAUGUGGACGCUCCGAUCACAACUCACGCAGGAUCGAUAGCCAAUCCAUACGACAUCGGCGCAGGGGUGAUAAGUCUGUCGGGGCCAUUGCAUCCUGGGCUCGUUUUCGAGACAUCGACAUUCGACUACUUCCAGUUCCUCUGCAACACUGGAAUGGAUACAGAUCAGGCCAGAAGGAUUUCGCAGACGAACUUCACUUGUAAGGCGAGCAUGGACAUGAAUUAUCCUUCAAUAGCCGUUGCGGGGGUGAUGCAGAAUCAGAGCAAGGCGGUGAGCAGAACAGUGACCAAUGUUGGAGAGAUUAAUUCGACUUACAUCGCCAUUGUUGAUGCUCCUGCAGCUGUGAAGAUCGAGGUUGUGCCGAAGAAACUGCAAUUCACGGAUAAGAUUCGGAAACUAAAGUUCCGAGUGAAAUUUAGAGCUGCAGUGGGCACUGAAUCGCGGGAAGACUUCUUUGGAUCAAUCACAUGGUCUGAUAAGAAAUACAAAGUUCGGAUUCCAGUUGUUGCAGCGACUGCUUGAUCGAUCAAGUGAUGUUAAGACUUUAUAGAUAAAUAGUUGCAAGAACCAUCGUACUUUCCAUCUCAUUCUCAUCUGUGUGACUCUGUGUAUUCUGGUGGCUUUGCCAAGUCGUUAAGACUAAGUGCGGCUGCUAAUAAGAAGAAGCGUGUUUCUGUA